AAAAACCGGUGUCAAAAACGGUUUUGUUCUGUGGAUAAAAUACUGCCAUAAUUUUCUUUUUAGUAAACUAACUAAAAUAAAAGUUAUUUCAUAUUAUUUUGUAAUAGAAUUUAUGUAAUGUGUCAGAGGUCAAUACUCAAUAGUAAACACCAAGAUUUCCAGUAGGUAGUAAUAACUUAUAUCACCUGUACUCAUAACGGUUUCUCUGGAAAGAAACACAAACCUUGGGUAGGUAAGUGAAAUGUCGGCGGAGCGAGUGUUGGACGAAGAGACGUGGCCGAUGGAGGCCGAGGCGGCCAUCAACGACAUCCGGAAGCACGUGGCGUCGGCGCACGUGUCGCCCGCGCUGAGGAGCAGCAACAGGCGCGUGUACAUCAACCUGACCACUCUGGAGAACGCGGAGUACUGCGUGGAGAUGUCGGGCGCGGGCUUCCGCGUGGUCGGCCGCAAGCACGACGACGCCAGCCUGGCCACCAUCGAGAACAUGAACUACGAGACGCCCUACGCGCUGCUCAACACCAUCAGUCAGAAGUACAGGGAGUCUUUCGGCGGCGAACUCAUGAACAAACUCAUAGACCUGGCCAACAACUCCAAAGGCUGACUGGCUGCUGGGGAUCUGCGCAUUUCUGUUAUCCUACCUAUUAAUGUAGUUUAUACUCUUUACUAUUCGUAGAGAAUGACUGUUUAAUUAAUAUCUAUUUAGGCUAGUGAACUGAAUGUUUUGUAUAUCGUCACUUGGGAAACUUACACCUGAUUUUAUUUUCUUAUAGUAAACUAAGGAAAUUCUAUACACCCUGUAGACUUUGGCAAAGUGGGGAGACUUUGAAAAACAUCUUUCCCACUUUGGCAGACUACAUCGAACGAGUUGCAGGGAGCCGCUGGAGGGCGGCGGUGUAAGACCGGCGCGCGUUAUAGUCUACAAGAUAGCUACGUCCAGCUGUACAUACAUACACGUCAUCGGUUGAUGAUGAUGAUGAUGUCAAAUGUCGCCAAGUUUUGUUAUUUUGAAUGUCAUUGUCAAUGUCAUUCAGAUUCUACAUACAAAAAACCGCCAUCAAACGCAGCAAGAGUAAGAUUUUCCUUCAGAAACUACAUUGGAAAACAGGGCAAGUUUCUUGAGUGAUGGUUUAAUUUUUAGGAUUUAUCUACUUUUUGUACAUAAAUAUUUUAUGAAUGUAUAAUAAUUAUAACGGAGUGUAACCGCCGCCGGCGCACGCGAUCUUGUGUUAAGCCCCUUUUACGGUACAAAUGUAUGUUGUGGUACUAGGUACAAUUUGUAGGUACAUAUUACAUACAACAAAUUAGAUUAGUGAUUUUAGGCUUAUUUCGUGGUUUAUACUAUCAUAAUGUAUAUGUACCGUACCACAAUCACUAUGAAUAUGAUAAUUUUAAAGUAUCGAUAUUUGUACCCAGUUGCAUGGGUAGCAGUUGGAGCUGUCACGGGCAAUAUCCAACUGGCCGUUUGUUUCGCUGGAACUUCACCACUCGCCACGACUUUUGACUAGGCCGAAAUAUCGAUCAUUCAAAAUCAUCACAUUAGUCGUGGUGUAGGUACAUUAUAAUUACGAUUAAAUUGUCUGAUGCACAUAAUAUUAUAACUAUAGAAAUAUAGUGAUUUGUUUAUUGGUGAAAUAACGGAGCUUAACAGAGCAUAUUACAGGAGCAGACUGAGUACAAACGUAUUGUAAACUUUAGACGAAUUUACAAUUAUGUAGCAAUGUUGCCAAUUGCGAUAAUAAACUAUUAUUUUAUCGAA